AUGUCGGUUUCGCGACGAAAGAAUUUCAGAGCAUGGCAAUACCUUAUUGUGCUCUGCUCCGUCGCACUGGUAACAUCCUUCCCCGUCGCUACGAUAGCCAGUCACAUCACGCCCGCGGGUAUGGCGUAUGCUCAAAGCGCAACGUCGGAAGACGUUUCUCUCGAUAUAGUCGACCCCGCCGUGAACGGGCUUGCAAAUAACGAGCAGCUUGACACUCCCAGCAAGCCCUCGACUACUAAUGACGUGAGAGGCAGCGGUGAAAGUGGCGGAAGCACAACGGAAGAAGGAGCGGGGACUGGCAGUGGGACUGGCAGUGGCAGCAGGAGCAGAGACGACGGCAUGUGGGACUGGAGUUUCAGCGAUCCAAGCACGUCCGAAGGAGAUAACGGUGGAAAAAGCGGCGCGAACGAUGGUGGCAAUAACAACGCAACCGAUGGUCAAGGCCCGUCGGAUACCCAAGAAGUGCCUAGUGGGCAAGGAGGCUCAGGCGGCGAUGGCGUCGGCGAUGGCGGCGGCGACGGCGGCGGCGAUGGAGGCGGUAACGACGGGCUACCCACGCAAAAAGAGCCAUUUGUGGAUGAUUCACCCGCCAAUCGCAGCCCGAACGGUGACUCUGGAGGUACAACCGAUGACCCUCCUGCUACGACCGAUGAUCCGCCUGCAACAAACAAAGAGCCUUCACCCUCCGAACCUUCCGAACCUUCCGCACCUUCCGAACCUCCACCGCCAGAGACAAACCCCGAGUACGGCAGCAGCGGCGGCGACUACGGCGACGGUGGGCAGGGGGAAGGAUCUCCGCGCAAGCCGAGCUCCGCUGCGCCCGGUUAUCCUCCGCCGUCGUCCUCGGAAGUACAGCACGAGGGGGAGGGGGAGGGGGAGGAUGAGGGGGAGGACGACGAGGAGGAGGAGGAGUGCGAAUGCAAAAAGGUGGUGAUGGGGAACGCGUGCCCGCCGUCGACUCUCCCGGGUUAUAAUUACUCUGCGCAGCUUUACGACUCUAAGAUCAUUCUGCAUUGGACCGUGGAGGGCUGCACCGUGCACAUGGCGCUCGAAGCCACGCAAGACAGCUACGCGGGGUCGGGCUGGCUCGGCAUAGGCUGGUCCGAUCACGGCCAGAUGGCUCCUGCGGAUGCCGUGAUUGGUAACACGCCGGGCGUAGCUGCGUACGAAAUGACUGGUUACAGGCGAACGCAGGUGUUUCCUACCAUGAACUUUUCGCUCGGGUUUGACAAGACUGUUGAGGCGGCCCCAGAUUGCUCCACUAUCGUCAAGUUUUCUCGGGAGAAUGGCACGGGGGCACAGUCAAUAUUCCACAUAGAGGGGAAGAGCUGGGUGAUAUGGGCGCACUCGCGCAAUGCCAUGACCACGCUCUCAUACCACGGCGCCGCCAUGGGCAUUGCCAUUGUGGACUACUCGUGCAACUACCCCCCGCAGAUCAUCCGAGCGCCGCAGAGCAGAACGCCCAGGCCUUGCAGCAUGAACUGUAAUGGUGGCGAAGACGACGACAACGACGAUGAUGAUCAUCACGAGGAGGGAGGAUGCGGUUGCCAGUCGAUACCGUCGUCAGGGUAUUUCGUCAAUGAAGGCGAAGCAGGAGCUUUGGUUUGGGACUCGGGAAAACCGAAAGCGGUGCUCCACGAGUCGCUCCAUCCUUUUCGGUUUGGUAGGAACAUUGAAGCGCAUCGCAACUACCAGUCACACACGAAUCGCAUCCUGCAAUGCACAGAAAUUUGCCUGCGUGCUGCAGGAUUUUCCCUUCCUUUCCCUUCUCUCCACCCGAAGCGCUAUCAAUUCAAACCCACGCUCAUGCUCUCUCCUGAGUUCACGGCGCCUGGUCCCGCCUCUCUCCCCCGAAUCGUCGCACAGACCCCCGUCUGCGAACCGUCGUCGCUCAAGGGUUACGACUUUCAGACGACGUUGAAAAAUAGGGGGUUCCUGUUCCACUGGAAACAGCCGGGCCCGGGGGGAAUAUCGAUGAUGGCUCUCGAGGCGCGCGCUGGCUGGGGCGUCGCGAAGGGGUGGUUCUCCGUGGGAUGGUCGCGCGACGGGGAGAUGUUCCCCGCGGACGCGAUUGUGGGUAAUUUACCCCACGGAAACGCGCAGAUGUACAGCAUGCGCGGGGAGGACGCGGCUCUCGUGGUGCCGAACGCGUCCAUCGCGCUGGGCACGAAUUGGGGGAUGGUCACUCUGCAGGACGGCACGAAGAUCAUCAAGUUUGCGCGGCGCGGGAGCGACGGGCUGUGUCCGGUGAACAUGGACGGCCCCAACACGCUCAUCUGGGCGUACUCCGCGGAUGGGACGACCGAGUUUGCAUUCCACGGGGAGAACGUCGGAACGGCAACAGCGGACAUGUCCUGCAGGCGCGCGGAGGCGGAAGACCCGGCGGGCGGAGCUGUGCCCCCGCCAACCCCCGAAGCCGCCCCAAUCCCCCCCGAGGCCUCCCCAGUCACCCCCGUGGCUCCGCUUCCGCCCAAGCUGUCCCCCGGCGCGGGCAUGGACGGAAGUGUCAAGAAAGAGUCGUCUACGGGGGGGUUGCCUGCGGCCGGCACUCCUAAACCCACUACUCCCGCGGUCGGCACUCCCGCGGUCGGCACUCCCGGGGUCGGCACUCCCGGGGUCGGCACUCCCGGGGUCGGGAAUACCGUGGGCGGCACACCCGGGGUCGGCACUCCCGCGGUCGGCACUCCCGUGGGCGGUGCUCCCGUGGGCGGCACACCCGGGGUCGGCACUCCUGGGGUCGGCACACCCGGGGUCGGCACUCCCACUGUCGGCACUCCCACGGUCGGCACUCCCGGGGGCGGUGCUCCCGCGGUCGGCGGCACUCCCGCGGUCGGCACUCCCGGGGGCGGUGCUGCCGGGGGCGGUGCUACUGAGGGCCGCAAACCCCAAGGUUGUCGCGAGUCGCCGAAGGCGGGUUACAAGUUCUUCGUCAAACUGAAAGCCCACUACCUCCUCCUGCACUGGAACCCGCCCAAGGCGUCCGGAAGGGUGCAGAUGGCUGUCGAGGCGUGGCCGGGACCGGCAAGCGCGGGGUGGUUCGCAGUGGGGUGGUCCGCGACGGGCGGAAUGGCGCACGCGGACGCGGUCGUGGGGAACCUGGUGGGGGGGAUGGUGCGCGGAUACGCGCUCACGGGGCACUCCGCGGAUGCUGUGGUGGCGAGUUACGUGAUGAAGCUGGGGCAGAACAAGGCGCUGAGUCAAACCGCCGAGGGCAGCAUGCUGUUCGAAUUCACUCGCAACGCUACGGACGGCACGGUGCCUCUGAACCUGAGCGGCAAGAACAAGCUCAUCUGGGCCUUCUCCAAUGACGGCGCCCACAAGCUGGGCUACCACGGUCCCAACAAGGGCACCGCUAUCAUGGACCUAUCGUGCGGCAGUGACGUUGUUCCCCCGCCCUCAGCUGAUGCUCCGGCCGACCCUCUCGUGCCUCCUCUUACCAAGCCAGUUCCCAAGCCAGUCACCAAGCCCAUUAUCAAGCCUCCCGUUGCCAAGCCUGUUACCAAACCUGUUACUAAGCCUGUUACCAAACCGGUUACCAAGCCGAUUAUCAAGCCACCUGUUGCCAAGCCUGUUAUCAAGCCUCCGAUUGCCAAACCUCCCCUCCCCAAAACUAACAUCACCAAGCCACCAGUUACCAAGCCUGUUACCAAACCUCCUGUUGCCAAGCCAGUCACCAAACCUCCUGUAACCAAGCCUGUUACCAAGCCUCCUGUGACCAAGCCAGUUACCAAGCCUCCAGUGGUCCCCGCCCCAGCAGGUUCGGCAGGAGGUUCGGCCUGCCAAGCCUCUACCCUUCCUGGAUUCUCAUUCGUGGCACCUUUGGUGCGGAACAAACUCGCGCUGCAUUGGGUGGUUGCGUCCCCCACGUUCGUGCGUUUUGCCCUGGAGGCCAGGCCAGGGAGUGGCGCGGAGAAGGGGUGGCUGGCCGUGGGGUGGAGCGAGAAGGGCAAAAUGUUCCCCUCCGAUGCCAUUAUCGGGAACACUGCAGGAGGUGCCAUUAGUGCUUACACCAUCACAGGCCGCUCCCUCGCUACAAUCUCAGCCACAUCCGCCUUCGCCAUCGGCGCCCCCAGUAUAGUCACACUCGCACCAUCGGCCAAUGGCGCGCCGGCAGGUGGCGGCAUUGGAGUGGCCGAGGCGCCAGCGGCCAAUGGGAGCACGAUUCUCCGGUUUGCACGGACCACUAUUGAUGGGCUUGCGCCUGUAACGCUGUCGGGUGGUAACCGCAUCAUCUGGGCCUUCUCUGCUGAUCAAACACAGACUCUUGCCGGCCACGGGCCUCUUAACAGGGGUUCUGCUCUGGUCAAUCUCAACUGCGGACCGGCCAACACCCAUGGCUCCGCCCCUCUCCCUCCUGCUCUGGACGCCCCAGCAUCAUCCGCAGCACCACCAGUAGCAGCAGAGCCGUCAAAACCAGCGGUAGCAGAGCCGUCAAAACCGUCAAAGCCAGCAGUGGCACCACCGUCAGCUCCAGCGCCGGCAGCAGCAAAGCCAGGAAAACCAGCGAAACCGGCAACAGCAACAGCAGCAGCAGUGGCAGCUGCGGAAGCGGCAAUGCUGGGAUGCUCGCCUUCCUCCCUGGCGAAUUACACCUGCUCCAUGAAGCUCAGCGGUGACAACUUCAUCCUGCAUUGGAAGAAGCUUUCUUCCUCAUCAGUCGCCAUAGCAGCGGAGGCAGCAACCACAGGCUUCCUCUCCCUGGGCUGGUCGCGGGGGGGACGCAUGGCCCCAUCCGAUGCAGCCAUUGGAAACCUGCCGUUCGGUGCCAUUGCCAACGGAGCAGCGGUGGGCGCGUUUUACAUUGGCGGGUACGAGGAGGACGCGGUGGUGCCUUCGAGCGAUUUCAAGCUGGCCAACACCGCCGUGGAGAGAAAGAAUGGAAGAACCAUCAUGAGGUUUGAGCGCUCCACAACGGACGGCACGGCGCCAAUCAACGUGGAGGGCAGCACCACUGUCAUCUGGUCCUACUCCGAUCAGCCGUCCCUCAGCUUCCACGGCCCCAACUGUGGUUCUGCCUCGGUCAAUUUCGUGAACACCACAGCAGCCCCGGUCAGCACCACCGACAACAACAGCAGCAGCAAGAAGUCAGUGCUGCUGGCCCAUGGCAUCAUGCUCGCACUCGCCUACGCGCUCCUCAUGCCUCUCGGUGUGCUGCUCGCUCGUCUCUUCCUCUACGACCGCCCCACCCUGCCCUCGGAUGAUGAAGACAGGGAAAAGCGCGCCAACAGAGGCCUCUGGUUCCUCUGCCACAAGUACAUUCAACUCUUGGCGGUGCUGCUGGUGCUGAUCGCCGCCAUCAUGGUGUUUGUGGUCUCGGGUUCCCAGGGUCUGGAGUGGACGCACGGCAAGCUGGGAGUGGUAGCCCUCGCCCUCACCUUGGUGCAGCCCUUCUUAGGCUUCUUCCGCCCCGACAAGGGCACGUCCAACCGCCCCGCGUGGCUCACGUUCCACUGGGCGAUGGGCAUCGGGGCCAUUGCCAUGGGAUGCGCCAAUGUUUUCCUCGGGAUUGACGUGUACGGGCAGCUCUACGGCGGCAACCAGGAUUGGUGGUACCUUGUCACUGCCGUCGUGGCUGGCAUUUUGGGUCUUGCUUAUUUUGGCUUCAUGAUUCGAGACACGGCACUGCAGUUCUCGGCCACUGCGUUCAAAUCUCAAGUGGUUACAUCCGUGAGCAGGCAGCGACUGAUCGGAUAA